AUGGGCAAAAGAUUGGGAAGGACAAUGCAUCUAGCUGCAAUUGGUCCAAAAGGGUCUGCAAUUAAUAACCCAGUACCUGUUUCAAAUCACCCAAACAAGAGGCCGAGAACAAGCACAGAACUGUACCCCACAAAGCAGCACCAAGUUUCAUCCACUGACCCCAUUGGACAUGCUUCAAACGUUCAUCUCUGUUCAAUUAGCGACGAGAACUCAGAAAGAGACGAGACUCUGGACCUGACGAAUCGGCGGGGAAUGUACAAGAGCGGGGAGGGUGGAGGAGGCGGGGGCCGCAUUGAAUGCUCGUCUGACGUUUUAAGAAUCAAACCAUGGACCAGUGUCUUGAUCCCGUUGCCACGAAUCUGUUGUGUGCGUCGCGCGUCAUCCACCCACGCCUGCUUCUGUUGUUUCUGCUGCAACUGCCACUGCUACUGCUGCACACUCGGCUGCUGCACCGCCUGUCUGCUCUUGUCAUUUCGUCUCUGCUACGCUCUGUGUCUCGCAGCGUUCAAACUUUUGGUAAAUGCGCUAUUUUUGUUGAUGUCAGGCUGCCACUUCGCCUCGCCGCGAUUCCGUUGUAGCUGUAAACAAAACAGCGAGAGAUACAGUACAAUUAUGGAGGUCGACAUGUUUUCGAAGCUGAUGUUGACGGAGGAGGAGAGGGUAGUAGACCCGGUAUUGGGUUAUCCUCAUGGGUACGCCAAGUUAUGUCAACACGCCGCAGUGCAACUCCAAGGUCUUGUCACUCCCUUCACGGCAGGUCCUCCUCAACGCUUCCUGCCGUACUCUCCACAAGCUGAAGACUUCGCGACUUUAAAAAAAUGGGAUGGUUUGUUUCCCACUGUGGACGACACAGAGAGAGAUCCCGAUCUGAAUGCCCGCAAGCAUGCGGAAGAAUUGUGGCAGCAGCUCGAUCACCUUGGAAAUGCUGGAUUUGACCCGGCAAAGUUCAGGGUGGAUUCUUACGGCAACGUGGUGUACUGGAAUGCUGAUCCUUCGUCUCCGCUUGCCUGGGAAAUAGACCAUUGGUUUCCCCAUUCUCGAGGAGGAAAAACGGUGGUGUCCAAUUUGCGCGUGCUUCAGUGGCAAGCAAGCCAGCGGAAGAAAAGUCGCCUCGAGUUUCUUGUACCCUGGUGGGACUUGCAACAUGGAUGUUCCAUUAACCAGUUUCUCUCUGCCUUUGCCUCCAAAAGCGCUGACUUCAGGAAGAGAUCAUUUGCCUUAUUCUUUUCAGGGGGAGAGGAUGAAUCGAUUGCAAGGGAGCAUGUGGGAGAAUGUCGUCCAUGGCCUCAGCAUUUUCGUGAAAAGAAGGCUUAUUGUGGCUUAGCUGCAGCAGCCAUUGUGACGGUCAAAAAAGAAGGCGAAAAAGUUCAACAAUCGACUUCUCCAUUACAACCUCUUGUGGUUUGUGACCCACCUUCAGCUGCAGGAACAGAAGCUAAAGGACGCUGGAGUUCUGAAGAAGAGGAGGCUCUUAGACGAGCAGUCAAUAAAUUUGGAUCAGGCAGUUGGAAGGAGAUUAAAGAAAAUGAACCCACUCUUUCAAAUCGCUCAAUUUUUCAACUUAAAGAUAAGUACCGUGUGAUAAGAGUCGAUUGUGAAAAUCCUGGAAAGGAGAACGUGGUAAAUGUAUUUUCAACAAGUAGCAGAUCCACUCAUUCAGACCGUCACUCUUCAGCUACCACUACACUGCAGAAGGAGCUCCGUGUGAAGAUCAUGAGAGAGGAGGAGAAACGAGAGAAAGAGCAUGAAAUUGCAGAACUCGAAGAGACUGUUAUGAAUUUGAAGCAGCAGAACGAAAAAGAGAGAUUGAGUGCCAUUCAGCUUGAGGCAGUGCUAACCAAACAUAAACGGAGUGUUGAGAAGCAACGGAGGUGGGCAGAGGCCCAGUCGUCACAUCGCCUUUGCUUAGAACGGAUGAUCCGUGAUACCAUGCACCAGAGCAUCUCAUACAAGGAGCAAGCUCGUUUGAAUCAAGCAGCAUGCAACGCACUCAUGGCUCGACUCGAUUGCCAGAAGGCUGGAUGCAAAGUUGCAGAACAGGACUUGUUAAGAAGUUAUUCCCAAAGAGAAACUCUGGAGGCUGCUGUAGGGGAUACCGACUCGAAAUUUAAUUCGACUAUUAUCGCAGUAAAGAAAGAUCCUAUGCUGGGUCGAGAGAUAGUAAAUGGGAGCAAUUGUGAGUCAACCCCAGGUGAUGGUAAAGAUGAAGACGAAGAGGUAGACAAGAAAGUUCUGCUUCAAUGUAAUGAUAUCAUUGAAAGUGAUAGUGGAGAUGAGACUGCGAUUGAAAUUUACAGACUACGCACGGAGAUUCGUCGAGCAAAAGAUAUAUUGCAUCAAAAUCAACAAGAGACUACUCAGAUAUCACUCAACAGAGAAAUCGAUGAUGUUACCAACUUGGAGAAGGAUAUCAAUGAAGAGGCUGAAGUUCUGGCACCGAAAGUUCCAUCCGAGGCAUUACCAGUUUGCGGUACCAAGGAUAUGGUAGAUGUCAGCGCUCACGAAGAGAAGAUUACGAAUGUCGAAGUUGCUGGCCCCCCCAUGCAGUUAGAUGGUAAUCGAGGGGGCAGUAGUCAUGGCGAAUUUGCGGAUGAUGACGUGGAGUAUGAACACCAUUAUCCUGAAGAAGAGCGGAGCUAUGAUAAUCAACCUCACCAUAGGCUACCAGAAGUAGAUGCUGGACUUGAUCUUGGAAUCUCGCAGGUUCGCACAUUGAGUGCAGAGCUAAUCCGUGCCAAAUGUGCAAUUAUGAACCUGGAUUCUCUUGAAAUCUGUGAUCAUUUGGAAUGUUCAGUACCAGAACCAAGUGAUCUUAGUGACGGAGCAAAUCCUAUUUCAUGUUCAAGAAAUGAAGUACAGAAAAAUGUCAUAGUGGUGCAAUCUGAGACCUCAAAGUCAGAUGUGGCAGCUAACAUGAUUGAGACGGCAGUUGUGUGCAAGCAAGGGUAUUUAAAUGAACUUUUUCAUCAUGUUCAACUUCAGUUUCCUACCUCGAGGGCGGCUGGGAGAUACGCGAAAGAUGAUCUAUCGAGGAAGUCAGAGGAGCACCUUGAUGACGUGCUUCAACAGGUGUUGGAUACCCAUCCCGAUGGGAUAUUCCAGGCUGACAGUCGAAAAUCACAAUCAUCUGAUGCAGACGAUGAGAAAUUACGGAAAAUUGGAAAGCAGAAUUUGGACAAAUGGCUACAAGUGCUCUUAUUCAAUGUUGAGUCUGCAGGCUCCUCGCCCGGUCAAGUAAGCCCUUUGCAUCGGGCUUUCUCGGACCCACCUUUCUCCCAGAUCAGUGUUGCAGCCAUGCGUGGGACCUUGGAUCUUGAAACCAAUCAGAAUCAGGAGCUUUCUGAGAAAACUAGAGAGAAUGUGGAAAGUUCCAAGGGUUUGUGGGGAGGCCUCCUUCGGAAACUAAGCGCAAGGCAGCAGUCAGAUCAGUGCUUGUCAAACAAGCUGGAUGCAGAAUCGGACGGUGAAGUAGACGUGGCAAAGUCACAAGGUAUUGCAAGCAGUGAGAUUGAUAACCCUUCGGCGUUGAACGCUUUAAAUACCCUCUCUUUCAGUACUCAUGUGACAUCCAACAACGGCGAUAUCCAGGCUCUUGAUGCCCAACGAUGUGGCGGCAUUGCAAACAGUAAAACCAAUUCUGUAGAUACUGUUUCCGUCGUUGCAGCCAAGAAACUUGAAGGUGUGGUGCCUGACCAUAAAUCUUUAGAUUCAGAAGUGCUCGCUGGUGACACAGCCCUAAAAGGAGUGGAACUAGGAGUAUCUGGGUGCAAACUCGACCAACACUGUUCCACUGUGAAGCGCUACUUUCCGAGGCCCCUCUCUGAUGUGGAUGAAAUAUCCGAGACCGAUAGUUUGAAUAGUAACAACUACUCUGAUUCUCGCCAGUCGGAAAACAAGGACCCAAACAAGAGUAGUCUGCGAGCGUCUAUCAAAGCCGCUGGACUCGCAUGGAAAAAGGCCGUGAAGAAGCUCUAAGCAAGACUGCUCAAUGUCCAACCUCCUCCAAAUAUGGAACAAAAGAGUGCACUUCUCAAUUGAUUCCUUUGUGUUCUGGUAGGGGAGCCCCAGUUCGUGGCACGUAAAGAAUGUUGCGCUUCAAAUUGGCUUCAAGCUCUUUUUUUAAGAUCUUGAUCAGAGGCAUGUAAAUGGGAUGAAAACUCCUACAUGAACACAACCAAGUCAGAAACGGAAUGAUCCACAUUCCAUUGAGGUAAUUCUGAUGGAUUCAUGCACUAAUGGCAACUUAGUAACUUGUCGCCACAAAGAUAGUUAACUAUUUCUCGAGCUCAUAUUAUAAUAGACUUGCCAGCACUUGAUGAGAAUACAGUAUUGGUUAUGUACAAUUUUUAAUUUCAUUGAUGUGUAUCCUGUCAACUAGAACACCAAUAUUCGUUCUUAUUGAAAGUGGAAAAUUAAUAUGCUGUAUAAUAUUGGAAUGGAUCUGAAAGCCAGUGCACGACACUUUCUCGCAGAUACUCCAUUACGUAUCUAUAUUAUUCUCAUCAAAUUC